AUGACGCAGCAUGCGCCACCAAGCAUUAUGCUGCCCAUGCCUGCCGUCAUGGCAGCGUUCAAGCGCGCCGCCGAGACUUUAAAGCCGUCGACGCGCGAGAAGUUGUGCGUUGCGGACGCGCAAGACGGCCAUCUCCAGCUCACUCUGCGCAUGGUGCUCUCGCCCGAGCUCGAGCUCGACUACACGUUUGAUAUGGCGCCAUUGGCGGUCGAGGCGAUUGAGAUUUUGGCGGCCAAGAUCCGCGACGUGGAGGACACGAUUGCAGCAUCGAUCGCAGCGACAAACCAAAAGCUUUCUGCGCUCGAAAGGCGCCUCGCCGCGGAGGUCUGUAAGGAGUCUGAGCCACGCAGUGCGCUGUACCGUGGCACCCAGCGUGGCACCAUCUGA